GACCAUUAGUCACAUCGACUGCACAUACCUCUCUCCCAUCUGCCUUCUCCGCAUAGCAGCGAUCGGUCUCUGGCAUUUCUCUGCCACUUAGCUGCCCCGUUCUCUCCAAUUCAACCAACAUGGCGUCGCAUCGGUCGUGCUUCCUAGCCCUGCUCGUCGUCGCUCUCGUGCUCGCAUCCAUCCACUCCGCAUCGUCCUUAUCGCAAGACGUCAUCAGAGGGCAUUGGACACCCUCCUCAGAGGAGUGCAAGCUGGCAUACACGCCUCAAGUCGAAGACACGUGCAUAUCCAUCGUUACACGAUACUUCGGUGGUAACCCGCUGUCGUUCGCCAUGCACAACGGUUGGCGCACAUGUCACGAUAUCAAGGACUUCGAGAAAAUCUGCAUCGCGUGGUGACGCCCAGGACCACCCGUGAGGAGGGUUGCGCAUUAUACCAGCUACCAGAGCCUACUAGAGCCCACUAGAGCCCACUUUACCAUCUCCCAGUGACUGCAUUCUUCCGCACCUACAGGAGCCUAUAUACCAGGACUCCCAGCCGAAUAAGCCACUCGAGCAGCACCACUUGCGCUCCUCGAUACAAUAAACAUGAUUGACCUGAAAAAUAAUAUUCUCGCUGUUGGGAAUACGUAGCACGUCACGGUUUGGCGGGCUCCGAUGAAGGCUACGACGAGGGCCAGGCUGUAAAUGCUUUGUUGUCACGGUUAUUGUUGAUUUUUUUGUUCAAUGAAAUGCUAGUUUCCAC